AUGGGUUCUUUCAUGAAUCGUUGGUCAGGAAUUCAACUUGAUGUGAACAAAUUUUGUGGCAUUUAUGUUGAAGUUGAAAGGAAAAGAGCAAGUGGUACAACUGAACAAGAUAGGAUGUUGGAAGCCAAACAAAAGUUUAGGAAAUUGAUAAAAAGAAACUUUGCAUAUGAGCAUUGUUGGAAUCUGUUGAAGUUCCACCCAAAAUGGAACUUGGAACUCUCUAGGAAAAAACCAAAGACGAUUCCUGCAACUCCAUCUCUUGACACUCCAUCUGCUAGCUCAGAUACAAUCGAUUUAGCUGAUGGUGAUGGUCAAGGCAAUAAGGCUCAAGGCUUGGUGAGGCCUAUAGGAAAAAAAGGUUGCGAAGACCUUGGCAAAAAAUGCAAAAGCUAA